GGGCCGGGGGCGGGGCCGGUUGUGAGGCCUCCUCCGCCCGGAGAGGCCUGCGCCGCCACUCGGCUAGGACUUAGGCGCAAAGCGGCGCUUUCCCGCCUCCGCUUGUUUGCGGUUGUGUCCAGACGCCAAGGCCGAGUGGGAUGCGGCUGACGCGGAGACGGCUGUGCUCGGUUUUCAUCGGCCUCUACUGCCUCUUCUCCCUCUACGCUGCUUACCACGUCUUCUUCGGAAGCCGCCGCCGGCCGCCUGCCGGGUCUCUGCGGCGGAAGGGGGCAGCCUCGGCGCGGGAGAGGCGCGGCCGAGAGCCAUCUACUUUGGGAAGUGAAGAAUGGAAUCCUUGGGAAGAUGAAGAAAACGAAGACGAGGGAUUUAAAGCUAGUCUUCAAGCAUUAAAUAAAUCCUUGAAAGGCAAACAAAACUUCCAUGUGCAGAUCUGGAGCAAAGCUGCCAUUGGUUUGUAUCUCUGGGAACAUAUAUUUGAAGGCUCACUUGAUCCCACUGACGUGGCUGCUCAGUGGAGAGAAGGAAAUUCAGUUGUAGGAAGAACACAUUACAGUUUCAUCACUGGCCCAGCUGUGGCUCCAGGAUACUUCUCCAUUGAUGUCGAUAAUGUGGUUCUUAUUUUAAAUGGAAGAGAGAAAGCAAAAGUCUUUUAUGCCACCCAGUGGUUACUUUAUGCACAAAAUUUAGUGCAGACUCAAAAGUUGCAGCAUCUUGCUGUUGUUUUACUUGGAAAUGAACAUUGUAAUAAUGAAUGGAUAAACCAAUUCCUGAAAAGAAAUGGAGGCUUUGUAGAGCUGCUUUUCAUAAUAUAUGACAGCCCCUGGAUUAAUAAUGUGGAUAUUUUUCAAUGGCCUUUAGGAGUAGCAACAUAUAGGAAUUUCCCUGUGGUGGAGACAAGCUGGUCAAUGUUGUAUAAUGAAAGGCCAUACUUAUGCAAUUUCUUAGGGACCAUUUAUGAAAAUUCAUCCAGACAAGCACUGAUGAAUAUUCUGAAACGAAGUGGGAAUGAUAAGCUGUGUUGGGUUUCACCAAGAGAACAGUGGCAACCUGAGGAAACAAACGAAAGCUUAAAGAAUUACCAAGACGCUUUGCUUCAGAGUGAUCUCACAUUGUGCCCCGCAGGUGUGAAUACAGAAUGCUAUAGAAUAUAUGAGGCUUGCUCCUAUGGCUCCAUCCCUGUAGUAGAAGAUGUCAUGACAGCUGGCAACUGUGGAAAUGCAUCUUUCUACCAUAAUGCUCCUCUGCAGUUACUCAAGUCUAUGGAUGCUCCCUUUAUAUUUAUUAACAACUGGAAGGAACUUCCUGCUAUUUUACAAAAAGAAAAAACUAUACUUUUACAGGAGAAGAUUCAAAGAAGGAAGACAUUACUUCAUUGGUACCAACAGUUCAAAACUGAACUAAAAAUGAAAUUUACUAACAUCUUAGAAGGCUCAUUUUUAAAGAACAAUAAAGAUUAACUGUUAAUUAUCUUUA